AUGGUUGCAACCCAGAUGAUGACCUCGACUCCUGUCGAUAUGCGCUCAUGGCAGACAGUGUUCCGUCUCCCGCCUCCUGACCAACCCCAGUCACCACCGUAUCAUGCCCGACGACCCCAUAAAAAGUCCCGCGCCGGCUGCCUCACAUGUAAGCGGCGGAGAGUAAAAUGCGACGAAACGAGGCCUUUUUGCCGACGAUGCGAGAAGCUGGGUGCUCCUUGCAGCUAUGGUGGUUCUCCCCGGAGUCAGGACCUUCAGAAGACGAAUGAACCAGACGGCACCGUCUGCUCUCUGUCGCUAAAGAGUCUGGAAUCGAUGGUCAGCCGGGUUCUGGCGACAGACUCGGACUGUUUUGACAUUAGCACAUGGAAAACGGCCAAUGACACUCGGCCUGUAACAAUCGUGGCGUUCCAGCACUUUACGAAGUAUUCUACCGACACCGUUGGCAAUCCUUUUAUACGGCAAGUCAUGAAGAGCGAUAUGAUUCGGGUCGCCUUUGGAUGUCCGCAUCUUAUGUAUACCAUCCUCGGCGUCGGCAGCCUCCAUCUCAACCGAAUCCGUCCCCAGGAUCCAACCUGGCGACUCGCAGAAGUCUACUUUUGGCAGCAGGCAAUCAAGGCAUACCAGGCCGCGCUAUCGUCAAAGGUCUCCCCGCACAAUGUGGACGAGCUUCUGUCAACCUGCAUGUUCAUGGGCAUUACCUCCCUCUGCCCCGAUCGGUUCCAGCCUACUGACUCGUGGGUUCUAACGAACGCACCCGGGGCAAUGAACUGGCUCUGCUUGCAGAGCGGCAUCCGCACCAUCAUCAAGCUCGCUGGGCCGUACAUACAGUCUAGCAUCUGGGCAUCGGCAUUCCAGCAGACUCACCAGGAAGAAGUUCAGUUGUACGAGGAGGGCGUCCCCCAGGGCCGCGAGGGGCUUGACCCAGACCUGGCCGAUUUAUGUGGGAUUGAUGAUUCGACCACCGCCGCAUCGAUGAAUCCGUACUAUGAGCCUCUCAGAUUACUGGCGGCCAUAUCCGGCUUGGAAAAGAACAUGAAGAAUGCUGCUCAAUGCGCGUCUUUCAUGGGCAGGCUGGACAAUGAUUUUCUUGCACUCCUGAGGGAGAGAGACCCGCCCGCGCUGUUGAUCCUGGCGCAGUGGAUGGGUCUCUUGUGUACGCUGUCCGAAUGGCAGCCCUGGGUCGAGGGGCGGAUCCGCGGCGAAUGCACUGCUAUCUGCAUGUAUCUAGAGCAUAGCACCGACCCCCGGGUUCGGCGGCUGCUUCUGUUCCCGGCGAGCGCGUGCGGAUAUCACUUGACAUACGCUUAA